AUGGCGGUUAGCCCAAAUUGCCCACCUUCGUUGAUUGAAGAAACCCCGCCCGCCAUCCCUGAGGCUGUGCAGUCUCGAGUCUCCAUGAUCAUCAACCAGGAGCUCGAGAGUCCGUGCAAACAAAGCCUAGCCACACGGCACACGUGGUCAAUACACCCGAGUUCUACAUACUCAAUGAAGCUGGAAAGUGCCCGUAUGUGGCUGGCGCUCACGCAAGUGGCGCCUGCUGCCCUAAUCCGUACCACCGUCAACUAA